AUGGCUCCAAAGACAGAUAUCUUUGUCGAUGCAGGGUUGAAACCAUACAAUUUUUUUCUUUGUCCGCCAUUAGAUCGUAGCGAACGUUUGAUUCGCAUGAUCAAGGACAAUGGUGGUGAAGUUGUCCAAGAUUUCUUGCAAAACUGUAUUAUCAUAUCGUCAAGAGAUUAUAAAAUUCCAGAGGAAUUGAAAUCGGCUCAUAUUUACUCAUAUGAGGUCAUUCAAGAUUCAGCUAACAGAGGUGCACAACAAGAAUUCUCAAAUUAUCUAAUACAUAUUCCUGAUGCUAAUAAUGAUACUAUGCCUCAUCAGUUUCACGAUGACAAUGCCGAGAAUGUCGAAGCCGGAAUAGUGGUUGAUGGUGAUGGAAACUAUGAUUUUGAAAACCUAAGUAAAUCCUUAGUACCUGCAAAUCUGAGUCAUGUUGAAGAAGUAAACGAAAUCGAUGUUAUAAAAGAUUUGGAGAAUAAUUCGCAUUUGAGUAUAGAUUUUAGUGAACAUGUAGAGCAAUAUGAGAAUACAGAAGUAGGAGGAACUGAAAGAGUUGGUAUGAAUGAAGAAGAACAACAACCCAUGUCAAAUGUAAAAUUUCACCCAUCUGUCUAUGAUGAUUAUAGUGUACGAUAUUUCACGGACGACGAAGAUAAGGUACUAAUGGAAGAAAUCCGAAAACGUCAUUGGAUGGGGAUUAAGGGACACUUGAUUUAUGAGGCUAUCUCAGAACUACCUUAUUUCAAGAAUAGGCGUAGAACUUCUGCUUCUCUAAGAGAGAGAAUGAGAACUCUGAAGUUCAAUCUUGGGUAUGUUUAUCAAGUUGAUAAAAAUCAUAAUUUAUUGAGAGAUGAGAAAGGCAACUACAUAAAAACAACAAAGGUUUCAAAUAAGUUAAUUCCUUAUAAUGCAGAGGACGAUAUGAUUCUAGCCAAAACCGUUUACCAACAUAUUGAUUUCACAGUCGAUGAACAAGGAUUUGAGAUUAUGGUUUUUCCAACUAAUUUUUAUGAUAAGUUUGCAAGUGUUUAUGACAAUCAUCCUGCUGAAUCAUGGAGGCAACGCUUGAAAAACUACAUAAUACCAUUUGGAAUAGUUAACUAUCUAAAAUAUUACAUUUUAGAGAUGAAGCAGGGUAGAAAACCAUUACCUACACACAAGGCAAAUAAAGAGUGGCUACAAGCUCGUAAACAUAUUAGGAAAACUGAUUGUCCGAGGUUAUACUUUCCUAAUGUGCCACUUGAAAAUGAUAUUAUAGAUGAAAAUCUUCAAUACCUAAAUAUUAAAGAAGCCAAUAAGGAAUUCAACUAUACAAAUCCGUUUAGAGAAUUAAACAAACGAAGAAGUGAAGAGAUUGACGAAACCAACCCGAGUAUUAGAACUGCAGAUACCACUGAGGUUGGAAUUGAUGACGACAAUAAUCAUGACAAUGGUACUAAGCACGCUAAUAGCAGUAAAAAUCAUUCUAAAAGUGACACCGAUACUGAGAAACAUAAGCAGGCAGAAAUGAGUAAAGAGAUACCAGGGGAAAGUUCUUCUGAGGAAAACAAAAUCAAGAGGCAAAAGGUUCGUGAAGUUGAUUCGCCAGAAGAAAGUGGUAUUACUUUUCACAUAGAUGAAAAUAAGCAAAAACCAGUCGAAAACGAACAGGAAAAACACCAACAAAACCAGCAACGGCAACAGCCUUAUAAUAAUCUUUUUCAGGAGGGAGAUCGGGAGACAAAUCAAGAAAAUAGUCAUGCAUUCAAAAUGGAAAAGCAAAGUGUAGUACGUACUCGACCAAAUGAAGACUCUGAUGAUGUGCCGAGUGUAUUCAUCGACGAACCAACUUAUAAAUUCACAGAUUCAACAUUUGCUAAGUCGUUCAAAAAACUAGGACCACCAAUGGAACUUAUAAACGUUAACAAAGAUGAUUUAAUCGAUAAGAUCAACCAAAUUUUUGAAAAACACGGACCAAAAAUAUUACCUCGUCUUUUAAGUAAAGAAUUGAGUGCAGCUGGAAUCAAUGAGUAUUAUACUGUCUUUUUAAUCUACAGGUGCAAUCUGGUGAGAGACCUAGUUUUAAAAUCGUUAAUUAACUACAUUAGAACUGAUGGAAAGGAAUUAUUAAUUAUUGCGCCAGGUGUUUGGUCUGAUAAAGGUAUGGAGUAUUUUGAGAAGAAAGAUCCUCGAUACGAUAGCUUACUAAUUUCCUAUCAUGGAGAAAAGGCGUUUAAGAGGCAAUGCAAAUGGAGACAGAAGGAUAAGAAGCAGAAAUAA